AUGCUGGGCUCGGUGAAGAUGGAGGCCCAUGACCUGGCCGAGUGGAGCUACUACCCGGAGGCGGGCGAGGUCUACUCUCCGGUGACCCCAGUACCCACCAUGGCCCCCCUCAACUCCUACAUGACCCUGAACCCUCUGAGCUCUCCCUACCCCCCGGGGGGGCUCCCUGCCUCCCCACUGCCCACUGGACCCCUGGCGCCCCCAGCGCCCACAGCACCCCUGGGGCCCACCUUCCCCGGCCUGGGUGCCAGCGGUGGUGAUGGCGGCAGCUCGGGGUAUGGGGGCCCGGGACCCGGGCUGGUGCCUGGGAAGGAGAUGCCGAAAGGGUACCGGCGGCCCUUGGCACAUGCCAAGCCGCCGUAUUCCUACAUCUCGCUCAUCACCAUGGCCAUCCAGCAGGCGCCGGGCAAGAUGCUGACCCUGAGCGAGAUCUACCAGUGGAUCAUGGACCUCUUCCCCUACUACCGGGAGAACCAGCAGCGCUGGCAGAACUCCAUCCGCCACUCGCUCUCUUUCAACGACUGCUUCGUCAAGGUGGCGCGCUCUCCAGACAAGCCAGGCAAGGGUUCCUACUGGGCCCUGCACCCCAGCUCAGGUAACAUGUUUGAGAAUGGCUGCUACCUGCGCCGCCAGAAGCGCUUCAAGCUGGAGGAGAAGGUGAAGAAAGGGGGCGGCGGGACCUCUGCCUCCAGGAACAGUGCGGGGUCAGCCUCCUCGACCACCACCCCCGCGGCCACCGUCGCCUCUCCGCCGCAGGCCCAGCCUCCAGCCCCCGAACCCGAGGCCCAGGGUGGGGAAGAUGUGGGGACUCUGGACUGUGGCUCACCCCCUUCCUCCACACCCUAUUUCACUGGCCUGGAGCUCCCAGGGGAGCUGAAGCUGGAUGCACCCUACAACUUCAACCACCCUUUCUCCAUCAACAACCUGAUGUCGGAACAGACACCAGCACCUCCCAAACUGGACGUGGGAUUUGGGGGCUACGGGGCGGAGGGUGGGGAGCCUGGGAUCUACUACCAGGGUCUCUAUUCCCGCUCUCUGCUUAACGCGUCCUAG